AUGUUGACUGAAGUUUUUCAGAAGUUCCAUAAAGGCUCAACACAGGAUAAGAAAAGCACAGAAGGAAACAAUACGUCCUCAGUGGGAUCUGAAGAUGGUUCAGUCGUGCCAUCCUUUACAGGUCUGCGCUCAGUGUUUAAGAAAAUAACAACAGAAAGAACCUUGAGUUCCUGGCAUUGCUUCAGAACACAUUGCUACUAUUUUUCGAAACAAGAAGUAACAUGGGAAGAGAGUAAGAAGUUAUGCCAGAACACGCGCUCCAGGCUUGUGAAGAUUGAUGACAAGGAGGAGCAGAAUUAUAUUCAAUCAAAAAUCAAAUACAGUUAUUGGAUUGGAUUGUACAGAACCGAAUCUGAACAUAAGUGGAAGUGGCAGGAUGGUACAGAGCCUUCCGACCAGCUGGCUUUUCAACAGACAAAUAAAAUGGAUGGAAAAUGUGGAUGCCUCAAACCACGAUUCAUUGACAGUGCUGACUGUACAAGACAAUUGCCUUACAUUUGUGAAAAGAACAAGCGCUUCUUCAACAAUUAGCUCAAGCACCAGGGAAAUACUCUGAAGAUUGCUCAAGAAAUAAAAUCUAAAAAUGUAUCUACCACAAAACUCAGCCAUCCCGUCUCUAGGAGUAUAUGGCACAGAAAUGGAGUCUACAGAUCGAAGAACACCUGCAGCCCCAUAUUUAAAGCAGCUCAAUUCCUCAUGUCAAGGAUAUGGCACAAAUCUAGAUGCCCAUCAACUAAUGACUGGAGGAAGAAACUAUGAGACUCCUGCAUAAAUAAAUGUGUAUAGAUCACCAUGAAAAAGAAUGAGCUUCACAAUUGCAACCAAAUGGAUGGAACUGGACAUCACUGAGCUAAGGGAAAGAAGCCAGAUACAGA